AUGGACUACAUGGAGGGCUCACCCGCGGAGGAGCGGCCUGCGCAUGCUCCAUCGCUGGGGAGGUUUUGGGAGCGGCCUCCACCUAAGCGACUCACUAGAGAAGCUAUGCGAAAUUAUUUAAAAGAACGAGGGGAUCAAACAGUACUCAUCCUUCAUGCAAAAGUUGCGCAGAAGUCCUAUGGAAAGGAAAAACGAUUUUUUUGCCCUCCUCCGUGUGUGUAUCUUAUGGGCAGUGGUUGGAAGAAAAAAAAAGAACAAAUGGAAAGAGAUGGUUGUUCAGAACAAGAGUCACAACCCUGUGCCUAUAUUGGAAUAAGACAUACUGGUCAAGAAAUGCAGUGGCUAAACUUGGAAGGGAAGAACUACUCCACAGCUAAAACAUUGUACAUACCUGAUUCAGACAAGAGAAAACAUUUCAGGUUGUCUGUAAAAAUGUUCUAUGGCAACAGUGAUGAUAUUGGUGUGUUCGUCAGCAAGUGGAUAAAAGUCAUUUCCAAACCUUCCAAAAAGAAGCAGUCACUGAAAAAUGCUGACUUGUGCAUUGCCUCAGGAACAAUGGUGGCUUUGUUUAAUCGGCUUAGAUCCCAGACAGUAAGUACCAGAUACCUGCAUGUAGAAGGAGAAAAAUUCCAUGCUAGUUCACAACAGUGGGGAGCAUUUCAUAUUCAUCUCUUGGAUGACGAUGAGUCAGAAGGAGAGGAGUUCACAGUCCGAGAUGGUUACAUCCACUAUGGCCAGACUGUCAAACUUGUGUGCUCAGUGACUGGCAUGGCACUCCCAAGAUUGAUAAUUAGAAAAGUUGAUAAGCAGACAGCAUUACUGGAUGCACAUGGUCCUGUAUCACAACUCCACAAAUGUGCAUUUUACCUUAAGGAUACUGAAAAAAUGUACUUGUGCCUUUCUCAAGAAAGAAUAAUCCAAUUUCAGGCCACACCAUGUCUGAAAGAACCAAAUAAAGAAAUGAUAAAUGAUGGAGCUUGCUGGAAAAUUAUUAGCACAGAUAAGGCAGAGUAUACAUUCUAUGAGGGCAUGGGCCCUGUCCUUGCCCCAGUCACUCCUGUGCCUGUCAUAGAAAAUCUUCAGUUGAAUGGCAGCGGGGACUUAGCAAUUCUUGAACUUACAGGAGAGAAUUUUACUCCAAAUUUACAAGUAUGGUUUGGGGAUGUAGAAGCCGAAACAAUGUACAGAUGCGGAGAGAACAUGCUCUGUGUGGUCCCAGACAUUUCUGCAUUCCGAGAAGGUUGGAGAUGGAUCCGUCAGCCAGUCCAGGUUCCAGUAACUUUGGUCCGUAUUGAUGGAAUCAUUUAUUCUACUAGCCUUACCUUUACCUACACACCAGAACCAGGGCCGAGACCACACUACAGCGCAGAAGGAGCGAUCCUCAGAGCCAACUCAAGCCAAGUGCCCAUCAACCAGUCAAUCACAAACAGCGAGGGAAGUUACACGAACGCCAGCACAAAUUCUACCAGUGUCACAUUGUCCACAGCAACAGUGGUGUCCUAA